UUUGCAGAGCUGUGCCAUUUGAAUUCAAGCACACACACACACACACACAGCCACGCACUGUGCUCUCCAUUUCUGGCUUGCCUCCCAGCACAGAGAGUUGAGCUAGAGCUCGGGUUCACUUUUUUCUUCUCACUCUCCUCCCAGCAGCGACAGCUUCUCCAGGCUCUGCUAGUCGGGACUCCCAAGCAAGCAUGACGGACACCCCUUUGCAAAUCAUUGAGCAGCCUGCUCCUUCCGAGACCUCUGAGGAGCAAGCGGCCGAGGAGCCGAUUAAAUCAGAUCAGAUCAAUGGCGUGAUGGUGCUCACCCUUCUGGACAAGAUCAUCGGGGCGGUGGAUCAGAUCCAGCUGACCCAGACGCAGCUGGAGGAGAGGCAACAAGAGAUGGAUAGUGCAGUGGCCAGCAUCCAGGGGGAACUGACCAAGCUCACUAAAGCACACACCACCACCAGCAACACCGUGAACAAGAUGCUGGAGAAAGUACGCAAGGUGAGCGUCAACGUGAAAACCGUCCGGGAGAACCUGGAGAAGCAGGCCGGACAGAUCAAGAAGCUGGAGGUCAACGAGGCGGAGCUGUUGAAGCGAAGGAACUUCAAAGUCAUGAUCUACCAGGAUGAAGUGAAGCUCCCGGCCAAGCUGAGCAUCAGCAAGUCUUUGAAGGAGACAGAGAAGGAAGAGAAGGAAGAGGAGGGCGCAGAGGUGCCUGCGGAUGAGGACCAUGCGGACGAGGAUCGCAUCCAGCUCUCCUCAGAUGAGGAGGUGGAGGUUGAAGAGAUCAUCGAGGAGUCCCGGGCAGAGCGGAUUAAGAGAAGUGGCAUGAAGAGGGUGGAUGACUUCAAGAAGGCUUUCUCCAAGGAGAAGAUGGAGAAGACCAAGCUAAAGACCAAGGAGAAUUUGGAGAAGACCAAACACAACUUGGAGAAGACUCGGCACAACCUGGAGAAGAGGAUGAACAAGCUGGGCACCAAGAUCGUAACCACUGAGAGGAGGGAGAAGAUGAAAACCUCUCGGGACAAGCUGAAGAAAUCCUUCACUCCCGACCACCCCGUCUACGCCAGGUCCAAGACAGCAGUCUACAAGGUGCCACCCUUCACCUUCUACGUCAAGAAGAUCAGAGAGGGCGAGGUGGAGGUGAAAGCCACGGAGAUGGUGGAGGUGGGAGGAGAAGAGGCCGAGAACACGGAGCUGCUGAGAGAGGAGAGCCCUGAGAUGCACACGCUGCUGGAGAUCACGGAGGAGUCAGAUGCAGUGCUGGUGGACAAGAGCGACAGUGAGUAGGACGGGCAGUGGCACGCAAUGGACGGCUGAACAUGUAACUUUUCACACUGCAAGAUCUCUCUUUGCCCCACGUGUCCCGGGCAAUGUGUACCCGAUGUAUCAUUAUUCCUCUGGAUGUCCAAGCCGAUCCCCCGCCGUCCCGGACGAGGUGUCGUUUAUAUUUUAGUUUUAGCACACAGAGGAGUUAGGAAUACAGAAUGGUUUUUCAUUGUGGAGACCAUUCCUGCUAGUGGUGCUGUGAGAGCUUGCUAGCCACCAGGGACCCAGCUGGGACCGUGCUAAAACCAAGAUAACUUCUGUACACCUGGGAAGAUCCCUCUUUGCGCUCUCUGAGACCUGAUGUUUAGAACGCUUUCUGCCUGGCAAACUGUCCAGCGCUGGAGAUCCCCCAGUCCAUUUGUCAGCCCGAGCAGCCAUCCCCACAGGCAGAUGGAAGGGAAUGCAGGAGCCCAGCUGGCUAGUAGCAGCAGAGAGACAUUUCCCACCCCUGCCCGUACGCCAGCUCCUGGGGCCAUGUGGUCUGGAAGAUCUCCAGUGGAAGGUGGAUCUCUGACAUGUCUUAGCAUGUGGUGAGGGAAGGGUUAAGCCAAUCCCACUGGUGGGCAGAGCACGUGUGAGGAUGGGCAAUGCCAUGUCAGGCUGGGAGGGGCUCCCUGACACUUGCUGACCCCAGAGGGCUGAAACAGCUAACGGGCCAGUUCUGGGGAAGCCAGCAUUGUGCACCUCCUGGCUACCAUGGGCACCACAUUACCUGGGUGGCAGCGAGAUCCCCUGGAAAUGCGGGUAUCCUACACACACACAGGUCCCUGUCACUGCUGCCAGUUACACCAUGGCCACUCCAGGCCUUCCUGGGACUGCCCCAGAGUCAUGGAGAGCUCAUCAUGUGCCGCACGCUCCUGUGUGUGUCUGCAGUGCCCGGAGCGGUAACCGUCUGCCUGCUGGAGCCCACUUUGCUCCAGCGGGCACAUGGUCACCUGCAGGGAGCUGCGUGGAGUCAGGUGUCCCACCCCGUCACCAGAGAGCGAGCCCCGUACCAUGUGGCAUCAGCAGGCCAGGAGGUGCACACUCACUGGCCGGGGGAAGGUGCAGGCUGGGAAUAGGGCCCAGCAGGUUGUGAGGUGCACGCUCACAGGGGUGCAUGCAGGGGUGCUGGAGAGCCCAGCAGACCGGGAGGUGCACGCUUAUGGGGGUGCAGGCUGGGGGCACUGGAGGGCCCAGCAGGCCAGGAGGUGCACGCUUACUGGCCGGGGGAAGGUGCAGGUGAGGGGUGCUGGAGGGCCCAACAGGCCGGGAGGUGCAUGCUCACUGGCUGGGGGAGGGUGCAGGCUGAGAGUAGGGCCUAGCAGGUUGUGAGGUGCACGCUCAUGGGGGUGCAGGCAGGGGCCCUGCAGGGCCCAGCAGGCCAGAAGGUGCACGCUCACUGGCCGGGGAAAGGUGCAGGUGGGGGGGUGCAGGCUGGGAGGUGCACGCUCACUGGCCGGGAGAGGGUGCAGAUGGGGGGGUACUGGAGGGCCCAGCAUGCCAGGAGGUGCAUGCUCACUGGCCGGGGGAAGGUGCAGGUGGGGGGGUGCAGGCUGGGAGGUGCACGGUCACUGACCGGGGGAGGGUGCACUGGCCGGGAGAGGGUGCAGAUGGGGGGGUACUGGAGGGCCCAGCAUGCCAGGAGGUGCAUGCUCACUGGCCGGGGGAAGGUGCAGGUGGGGGGGUGCAGGCUGGGAGGUGCACGCUCACUAACCGGGGGAGGGUGCACUGGCCGGGAGAGGGUGCAGAUGGGGGGGUACUGGAGGGCCCAGCAUGCCAGGAGGUGCAUGCUCACUGGCCGGGGGAAGGUGCAGGUGGGGGGUGCAGGCUGGGAGGUGCACGCUCACUGGCCGGGGGAGGGUGCACUGGCCGGGAGAGGGUGCUGGUGGGGGGUGCUGGAGGGCCCAGCAGGCCAGGAGGUGCACGCUCGCUGGCCGGGGGAAGGUGCAGGUGGGGGGUGCUGGAGGGCCCAGCAGGCCAGGAGGUGCACACUCACUGGCCGGGGGAAGGUGCAGGUGGGGGGUUCUGGAGGGCCCAGCAGGCCGUGAGGUGCACGCUCGCUGGCCGGGGGAAGGUGCAGGUGGGCGGUGCUGGAGGGCCCAGCAGGCCGUGAGGUGCACACUCACUGGCCGGGGGAAGGUGCAGGUGGGGGGUGCUGGAGGGCCCAGCAGGCCAGGAGGUGCACGCUCGCUGGCCGGGGGAGGGUGCAGGGUGCUGGAAGGCCGCUGUGACUCAUUUCCAGGAGGGCUAGAGGAUGUACUGAUGCCACAGAAAGGGGACAGAGCGAGGACGGCACCUGGCCAGCCAGAGAGCAGUCCUGACACGGGUCUGUGGGCCCGAUCCUGAACAGCUGAGUCUCUCCAGGGAGUCCCGGCACGGCGCAGGCUAGGGCCCUGCACAUCUCCCCAGGCUCCCCGCUUGCUGCCAUUCUCGCUUUCCUAGCUGGUGUCAGAUGCCCGGCACAGUUCUAGGAUGGGGCACUGCUGCUUGAGCGCCAGCUUUCCUAUCCGCAUGCACGGCCGCUGCUUAGCAGGCUCCCAGCAGAACGGAGCGAGGGCCGCAUGUGCUGGGACACAGAGUGUCUACCUUCUGGCCAGCUGAGGUCAGCUUUGGGGCUGGCAAUUCCCAACCCCAACCCCUUUGCAGCCCCCCAGCUGGCAGGGGACACGGGGAGGGUUGGCUUGUGUUCAUCCUUCCCUUAGUUCCUACUCGCUGGGCACAGCCCAGCCCCUGGCACCUGCAGCCGCCGUCCUGACUGCCAUGUGACACACGGGAGAACGGAGUUUGUUGUUAACGUAGCCACAAUAUAUAAACAUGCUUCUUUGUUAAGAGCAUUUUCUUUCUUAUUGCCCGUCCCACUCCCACCCCCAGGGUCCUUCCCCUGCAGCAGAGCUCCCGGCCUGCCCAGGCCAAAGUGGGCACGGCCCCAGCGCCUGGGCUCUGUGCCAAGCUCCCUGGUGGGUUCUCUCUAAGCAGCGAGGAGACAUCUCCGGACCCCUGUGCUGCCCCCAGGGAUGGGCAGAGAUGGGGUUGGAUGGGCUUUUGCCAUGCUCUGCCCUUCCCUGCCAACCCCACGAUGGCACCACCACCGUGGGGGGAUGCCAGGCCCCAGGCAGUGGUGGUCCCUGGGGGGCAGGAGACUCUUGCUUGCCUUCGGUUGGGAUCUGUGCUCACUGUUCGCCCCGGGCACCCCGCACAGCAGGCGGAGAAACCAGAUGUUCUGCAGCUCCCCAGCCCUGGGCAGGCCGAGCCCUCACUCCUCUGCCUAGGGCCAUUCCCUCAGCAUGUGCGUGGGGACCUAGUGCCUGGCUGCGCCCCGCACUCCCGCUGCGCCCCCCGUGCAGCCCAGCCCGUGGCAGGGGAGGUGCCGGCUGGCGGAGGAGUGGGCAGGGCAGGGGGCUGUUCACAUUCUGUCUGUUUCCUGGGGCCCGUCUAUUGUUUUUUACAGAUCUAUUUUUCUUACACAGAAGCAGUAGCUCAGAGUAAGCGACUCCCAGGGCAUGGGCGGGCACUUGGCUCGAGCAGCCCCAGGCCACCAGGGUUUGGUGCCAUACUAAGCAUCUCUGACCUCGGAGAGAAGGAGCAGAGCGUGUCCACGGGGCAGAGAGCGAGUCCUGGGCCCUGCUGUGCCCAAGGUGACGAGCUGGGGGCCGUGGGAGCUGGGUGGAGCUUUAUCCAUUUUCUAUGACUGCAUCCUGGUGAGCAGCCCGACCAAUAAAGUUUCUUUUCUAAAAGGC